AUGGCAUUUGGCAUGAGUGGCGGCUUCUGGUUCACAGUCUAUCCUUACAAGCUGAAUGGCAGGAAUGAAAUGACUUCCAGAGAGAAGGGGAGCAGAUACAUUGCGCUGUAUGCAUAUACUGGUGGUGGUGGCGGCAUUGGUGGUGGUGGUGGUGGUGGGGGUGAUAGUGGGGUUAGAGGUGGUGGUGUUGCUGCUACUGGCGGCGGCGACAGUGGUGGUGGUGGUGGUGGUGGUUGUGGCGGCAGCGGCGUUGGCGACGGCGGCAAUGGUGGUAGUGGUGGUGUUGUUUAUGGUAGUGAUGGUGGUUAUGAUAGUGGAGGUGGUAGAGGUGUUGGUGGAAGAGGCGGUGGCGGCGGUAGCGAUGAUGGUGUUUAG